CUUCUUUUUUCUUUGGUGUUCGGAAUCGUAAGCUAGACGACAUAGCAAUAAAAAAUCUUAAAUGUGUGAUCAAACAAUUAGCGAAAAAAUUCAUCAUUCUUAUUCAAAAGAUAAAGAUUCGCUUUUUGAUGUUAAAAAAAAUGAUAUAUUUGGAUCAUUAAUUGACGUGGGUACUGAGAUUUACGUAAAGGUUAAUAAAGUUCCGGGUGUCAGCAUGGGAUUGACUAUUUUAAAUCAGCAACAUAUUACUCCAAACUGGCCUAUAAUUUUAAACAUUGACGAAAAAUCACCGGCGUCGUUAGCUCAACCUUGUUUGAAUAUAGGUGAUCGGAUUAAAGAAAUAGACGGAAUACCGACAUGUCAACUUAAUCAUUCUGAAGUUAUAGCUCUUUUUUAUAAGGCGUCUGAUGAAAUUACAAUGACAGUUUGUCGAGUAAUAAAAACAAAUGAUAAAUCAUUUUAUUGGUAUAGGUAUCCUUUUUUGUGUGUAAGUACACGUUAUGAAAACGUAGUAUUAAAAAACCCACGUUAUUGCCAAGGAGUAUUAAAUGAUGGAAAUUCAUCAGCUUUGGAUUUAACCACGUUUAAGCCAUACAAAGAAAACAACAAAACUAGUAAAACGAGUCCCCAGUCUCCUCGUCGAUCAACAUCUAUGUAUUCCAUAUACUGCUCAAAUCAAUUUGAAGAAUCAAAAAAGCAUACAACUAAUGGAAUGGAAAAGAGUUUACCUAAACCUCUUUUUCAAAACCGUGUACGUUUUUGUAAUUGGAUUAAUUUUCCCGCACAAAAAGGAAAACCAGUUAAUAAAACCGGUUUCUUAGCAGAUAAUAAAUCUAAAAGUUCCGACUUGAUGCACACAAUAUCUGGUAAUUGUAUUCAGGAAAAUGUAUAUUACUUUGGAUCUAAAACGUUUAAGAGAUCAGUAUCUUCUGAUGAAGUUUUGGAAGAUAGUAGACUCCACUAUAUAUAUUGAAUAAAUUAGAUUAUUUGUGAAACAGACAUCACAGAUCAGAUCAAGAGAUCAGAUCAACACAUCAAAUCAACAGAUCAGAUCAACUGAUCAUUGUCAUCACAGAUCAACAGACAUCACAUAUCAUUGAAAUUACAGAUUAACAGAUAUUACAGAUAACCACAUCAAAGAUCAACAGGAACUAAUUAGAUUUUUUACUUCAGAUUUAAAAAUAGUUUCAAUUAAUUUAUUUAUUUUUUAAUAUAAAAGCUUUAGUGUUUAGUUUAUUUUAUUUUAAAGAUUAUAAUUCUGUGUAUUUAUAAAAAGUAUAUUGUGUUAAGAUGUAUU